AUGGUCCGAAAUAUUCAGGGAACCAACAGUACACUUACUGCAAGUCUCGUGUACUUCUUUUUUUACAUAUCCGGCCCGAAUUACGACCAAGCCCUCUACUAUUACUAUAUUGAUAAACUCGGCUUCACCCCAGAGGUCAUGGGGCAGGUCCAAGUGUUCAAGGGCACGGCUCGGCUCACGGGUUAG